CCAGGAAGAGCGAGGGCAACCGACUGAAAACAUUUUACGACAAACACUCAUGCAGGAGCAGUCUUACAAGGCAGCUCCUCUGAACAGUUUGAUAUCUCGACUAUCUGUUUUCAGAUCAGACUUCCUGCUGCUGAAGUCACGUGACUCCGCGGUGUUGCAGCAGGAGGAAGCAGGUUCGGGCCGAGACAGCAGCAUGACAACAUCCACGAGCUGAAGAGCUCAAGUUUUGGAAAACUGCGACAAACAGAAACUGAGAUGCAGGGAUCAUCCGUCGCAAGAAACACAGAUGUAAUGCAUGUGGAGUGGUUGGAAUAAAUAAGACGCCACAGCGAGGCAGGACAGCGUGUCUGUGGUCCAGAUGAAGUGUUUGCUGAUUGCCAGUGAGAGGGCUGAUGUCCUGUUUCACUGGACUGACCCUGAAUUUCGUCAGAACGUCCAGGAUCAGUAUGGGGCGUCUCAGGAGGAGGGCCAGGGGCUUCCAGCCUUCGAGGACAGCAUCAACACUCUGUUUGCUCCCAUCAUCAUCUCCUGCAGCACCAUGGUGGACAGACUGGGGGACAGCUACACGUCCUUCACCACAGAAAACAACCAUAUCUAUGUCCUGCACCAGUUUGAUGAGUGUCUCUAUAUUGCUGUGAAUGGAGACGGGGAGGAGGGAGAGGAUGACCUGAGGAGGAAGAUCUAUGUGAUGAAGAAGAUGAUUGAGGUCCUGUUUGGCAUGGUCACCCUCAGCAGUAACCUCCUCAAGAGAGAACUGCGUCCUCAGGACAUGGAGCAAAGAGCGAGGCUGUGGAAACAUCUCCAGUCGCUGCUGGAGACCUACAGCUACCUCCGAGAAAACGACCAGAGCUUCUUAGUGGAGGCAGUGGAGAGGCUGAUCCACCCCACGCUGUGCGAGCAGUGCAUCGAGUUCCUGGAGCGCCGUUUAGUUCAGCAGCUCAACAGCAGCAUGGAGAGAGCUGGAGAGGAGGUGCUGCAUGCCUUCAUCCUGGUUCACACCAAACUGCUUGCCUUUUACUCCAGCCGCAGUGCGAGCACGCUCUCCACCUCAGACCUUCUGGCCCUCAUCAUCAUGGCGCAGAAUAUGUAUCCAAGCAACGUAGACCUGGAUGAUUCGAAUCCUGAGGAUGUUGAGAGUACAUCUGGUUCUGGACCUGAAAGUUUUUACACACCGGAGCCGUCCCCGACAGACCGGGACUCAAGCAAUUCAGCGGAGAAGCCAGUGAGAGGAAGCACCCCUGUGUUUGAGUUUGUGGACCCAGACGUCCAGAUGGCAGAGGAUAGCUUGCAGACUCUGGAAGUUCCUCCUCCCGACCCUACGAGCCCUCGCAGAGUCUUCUUAGAGGUCUCACAAAAAGAUGGGCUGUAUCCCAUGAUGCCUCACUCCAUGUACUGUCUGCCACUGUGGUCUGGCAUCACACUUGUGCUGCUCACUAAGAUUCCCACCAGUGCAGUGGCCAUAUCAGUGUAUACGUUUUUGGAAGCCUUCGCUAAGUUGGAGAAGCGUUUAAGUGAAGGCCAAGAAGGUUCGGCUGCAACUAAAGGCCAGCCGACGAUACACGACAUCCGUAGCAAGCUGGAUAGAUUCAUUAAAGCCCUGGGGCCAAGUGACAUACAGUCUGCACAGUUACAAAAUGUCUGGACACAGUUCAAGAACCGAGCCUUUGCCAGAGGAGGACCGGGGUUCAACAGAGACCUCAUCCCCUGUUGUAAGAAUAUGAAGACCCAGCUGUGUGGCAUAUACCGACAGUGUUUUCUCAUUGAAUCUGGACCUGCUGACAUUCCUAGACGUCUCUCCCCCGGUCUGCAGGAACGAGCCCAGACCAUGGUGCAAGAGAAACUGAUGGACUGGAAAGACUUCCUGUUGGUGAAAAGCAAGAGGAAUAUCACCAUGGUGUCUUACCUGGAGGAUUUCCCAGGACUCAUCCAUUUUAUCUGCUUGGACCGAUCCACCGGACAAAUGAUUGCACCAUCACUUAACAUCACAGAGCGCAACACAUCUGAGCUGGGGAAGGGACCAGUGGCUCAGUUCAUUAAAAACAAGGUGUGGAGCCACGUCAGCACAGCGCGGCGCUAUCUCCAGAAGGGUUACUCCACUGUCACAUUGCGCGAUGGAGACUUCUACUUCUGCUACUUCCUCUGGUUUGAAAAUGAAACUGGCUACAAGUUAGAGGCAGGGGACAUACCCAUCCUGCCUGAUGACUCUGCCCCCAUUGGGAUGCUUGCCUGGGAUUACUACAGGAAGCUGCUGCGGUACUAUAGCAAGACUCACCAGGGUGAGGUGGUGAAAUGCUACGAGCUGCUGACGGUUCACCUGGGGGUCAUCCCCACUGAGAUCAUCCUCCAGCACUGCAGACAGCUGGCGAGCAAACUGUGGGAGCCUUCACGCAAUCCUCUGCUGUAGAUGCACCCACACACUUGGACUGAGUCACAGUAGCCAAGGUACUUGUUUGUUGUAUUACCAAGAAGAGAAAAGGAAUAUCUCGCUCUUUGUACACAUUAUAUAUAACGUGUCUAGUGUGCCUGUGUUUCAUGUUUCUAUCAUUUUAAUUGUUUAUAAGGUUAUUUAUUCUAUGAUAAAAUGAAAAAAAAAAGUUGUUUACUAGAAGCACUUAUGAUUAGCACAAUCAAAGCAUUUGUGGACUUAUGCACUAUUUGUCUUACAUGAAGUAUAUCCCUUAAUUGUUUGUAAUAUAUUUUUGACUACUCAUAUAUGCCCUAUUCUCUAUUUAUUAGUACUGCUGUAUAUGUUUGCAGCUGACUGAUUUUUAUAACUGCAGAUAUUGCCCAUUGUUGCCUUUAAAACUUCUUGUCAUAACUUGUGUGAGUGAAACACGCAAAAGCAAAUACUGUAUGUCUCCCUCGAUAUAGAUUAUAGUUUGGAGACAAUAAACACAAUAAGUUGUA